UUUCUUUCUGAUGGCGGCUGCUGCUGUUGAUUGUCCCGGCUCGCUCAAAUCCGUGAGGAUCGUUGUGGUUGGUGACAAGGGAACUGGAAAAUCGAGCUUGAUUGUUGCUGCGGCCACCGAUUCGUUCCCUCCCAAUGUCCCUCCCGUGUUGCCUGAUACCAAGCUCCCUUUUGAGUUCUUCCCUGAUGGUAUUCCCGUCACCAUUGUCGACACUUCCUCCAGGUUGUUGUUCGUUAUGUCGCGCAACUGAUCGCACGACCAGUCGCAGGUUCUGAUUCAAGUCGCCCGAAGAAACAGCGACUAAAACUUAAAAAUAUGCUGGUCGCAAAUCUACGGGUUGCGCGACACGUAAACGAACAUAAUUUUAGUCGUAGGUCCAGGUUUAGUUGCAGGUCGACACUUAAACGAACAUAAUCUUAGUCGCAUGUCGCAGGUAAGAACAUGCAGAUGAGUGACAGGCCCUGUUCCUCUACCUAUCGCGCCACCUGCGACAUGCAACCUGCGAGUUGCAGGUUGUUGUUCGUUUUGAUGUCGCAUGACCAGGUUCUGAUUCAAGUUGCCCGAAGAAACAGUGACUAAAACUUAUAAACAUUUUGAUCGCGCGACUGGUCGCAGAUCUACAAGUCGCGCUACACGUAAACGAACAUAAUUUUAGUCGCAGGUCGCUUCGUAAACGAACAUAAUCUUAGUCGCAGGUCGCUUCGUAAACGAACAGAGCCACAUUGUGGAGGGUUACUGUUUGCUCAUAUGUUAUCGUUGCCGGAAGAUAGGAACAUGGUUGCCGAGGAAUUGAAGCAGGCAGAUGCGGUGGUUUUGACGUAUGCAUGUGACCGACCUGAGACACUUGAAGGUUUGACUACAUACUGGCUUCCGGAGCUUCGGCGAUUAGAGGUAAAAGUUCCUAUAAUAGUAGCAGGUUGUAAGCUUGACUUCAGAGACGACAAUAACCAGGUCAGCCUCGAACAAGUGAUGUCACCUAUAAUGCAGCAGUUCCGGGAGAUUGAGACUUGUAUCGAGUGCUCUGCCCUGAAGCAACUCCAGGCACAAGAAGUUUUCUAUUAUGCGCAAAAAACUGUCCUUCACCCAACAGGACCUCUGUUCGAUCAAGAAGCCCAGGCAUUGAAGCCCCGGUGUGUAAGGGCCUUGAAGCGUAUCUUUAUACUGUGUGAUCAGGACAGAGAUGGUGCUCUUAGCGAGGCUGAGCUAAAUGAUUUUCAGGUCAAGUGCUUUCAUGCACCAUUGCAGCCUUCUGAAAUUGAAGGUGUUAAGAGGGUUGUACAAGAAAAGUUGCCAGAAGGUGUGAACGAAAGAGGACUGACAGUGACUGGCUUCCUGUUUCUACACGCACUUUUUAUUGAGAAAGGGAGGCUCGAGACAACAUGGACUGUGCUUAGGAAGUUUGGGUAUAACAAUGAGAUAAGACUUGCUGAUGAAUUGCUCCCACCUUCAUUAUUCAAACGAACACCUGAUCAGAGUGUCGAGUUGACAGAUGUAGCAAUCGAAUUCUUGAAAGGAGUGUUUAUGAUGUUUGAUGACGAUGAGGAUAAUAAUCUGAGACCUCAAGAGAUCGAGGAUCUUUUUUCAACUGCACCUGAAAGUCCUUGGAAAGAUGCUCCUUAUGAUGGUGCUGCGGAGAAAACUGCCCUUGGAGGACUAUCAUGUGACGCUUUCCUGUCACUGUGGUCACUGAUGACACUACUAGAACCAGCUAAGAGUGUGGAAUAUUUGAUUUACAUUGGAUUCCCUGGUGAUCCAUCUUCUGCCAUUCGUCUUACUAGGAGAAGACGUUUAGAUCGCAAAAAGCAACAAUGCGAAAGAAAAGUUUUCCAGUGCUUUGUGUUUGGACCCAAUAACGCUGGAAAAUCUGCAUUACUGAAUUGCUUUCUUGGAAGGUCAUAUGAAAACCAUGGAUCAACCACUGAUGAGCGCUAUGCAGUAAAUAUGGUGGAUGACUCUGGGAGUGCAAAGAAAACUCUCGUGAUGAGGGAAAUUCCAGACGAUGGGGCUAAAGGGCUAUUUUCAUCCAAGGAGUCGUUGGCUGCGUGUGACAUAGCUGUCUUCGUGUAUGACAGCUCUGAUGAGUCCUCAUGGAAGAGAGCGACUGAGCUGCUUGUAGAAGUUGCAACUCACGGAGAGGCCACUGGAUAUGAGGUCCCUUGCCUCAUGGUCUCAGCGAAAGACGAUCUUGAUUCCUUCCCAAUUUGCAUACAAGAAUCCACCAGGGUGACACAAGAUAUGGGAAUAGAGCCUCCGGUAUCCAUCAGCUCCAAACUGGGUGAUUUCAACAACUUAUUCCGCAAGAUCGUAACUGCAGCGCAACAUCCUCAUCUGAGUAUUCCAGAGACGGAAGCAGGAAAAAGCCGCAAACAUUACAACAGGCUGAUCAACCGCUCUCUUAUGGCUGUUUCAAUUGGAGCUGCUGCUGUGGUCGUUGGACUGGCUGCAUACCGUGUGUAUGCCGCAAGAAAGAGCGCUUCUGCCUGAGAAGAUUUGAGAAUGAAGAAGCCAGUGUCUCGAGGUGUGAAGGCGAAACGAAGAUGGCAAAUCUCUUGUUCUGAGUUUGUUUAUCCCAAGUUUAAACCAGCGUACUGUUUUUUAGAAGAUUAAUAGAAAAAUGGGCUUUUCAAGAUCUUGUAGGAACAUUAAGGGACAAGAGAAAGAAGAGAACAUAUAGUUACAAUAGACAUUGUGUUGAGUUUUAUCAAUAACAAAAGAACUUGUGUCUCCUUGAUGUGGGAUCUUGUUCUAUCAAUUGAGAGAGGA